GUGGAGCUGGAGUGACUAUGAAGGAAAUCGAAUCUUCUUUAGGUGGAAAUAUCUGCCGUUGCACCGAUUAUCGUCCCAUUAUGGACGCGUUCAAGACAUUUGCCAAAGAUGCGCCUCAAGAACUCAAAUCCCGGUGUGUUGAUUUGGAGGAUUUGGAAAACGCAAUUUGUCCGAUUUUGGCAAUGCCUCGGCCUAGGCCAACAACUAAGACUCGUUGCAGAAGACUAGUUCCAUCAACCAACAGAUUAGGAUAUGGACAAACAGAAGAGCAAAAGGUUUCUUGGAUAGACGGUUUCACGACGACUGAGUGGAUCUCAAAGGAGAAUUUGCGUUUCAUUAUUUUAAAUUAUUCUUCACUGCAAUAUCUGAUUCUCAAUUCUGCCAACUUGUGUGAAAUUUGUGGGUUUUUUCAACUAUCUUCCUUGCAAAAUUACCUGUUACUCCUGCAUAUAAGACCCAUAUUUGAUUUUCGGUAAAUAAAAUUUU